AUGGCGCCACUUGGUCAGACCAUCGCCGUGAUCGAUAAAUCCGGCAAGGUAGUGAGCACGAGCAAACAACUCUUUGGAGUCUUUAGCCAAGCCAAAGCCGCCUAUAAGGAUCGGAAAGCAGCCUUUGACUCAGAACGGAGUGCCAAAAUCGCCGAACAGCAAGCACUCCAGGCCCUGGCCACAUAUCAAAUCGACAAUGCGCCCGCACCCUCGGUAGUCUCUCGACGCAGCCAUCGUAGCAGGUCUCGCCACGAGGCCAGUCGUAGUCUCCACCACCCCAGCAGCGAAGUGGGGGUCUCUCGUCGACAUACACAUGGGGAACUCGUGGUCCGCGACGCAGCUGGGCCCAUGACGGCCCGCGCCAAAUCGGAUGCCGAUAUCGAUAUGGACCUGGCCUACGGAGAAGUCCAUCCCAAGACCUUGAUGCGGUACACCCCGCCGGAUCCCAACCUCGACGAACAGAAACAGCUCGAUGGACUGGUCACCCGCGCUCAGUGGCUCCUCGAAGAAGCCCACUGCGUGCAACACAGCGCCACUGCGACCAUCUCACAUCUCCAAAAGAACCCAGACGCCAUGGCCGCCGUGGCUCUGACCUUGGCGGAGAUUAGCAACCUCGCCACGAAAAUGGCUCCCGCCGCGUUAUCCACGUUCAAGGCCACUGCCCCCACCAUCUUCGCCCUUCUCUCCAGUCCCCAAUUCUUGAUCGCUGCCGGCCUCGGACUCGGCGUCACCGUGGUCAUGUUCGGAGGCUACAAGAUCGUCAAAAAGAUCCAAGCCGGCACCGGCACGGCCAUCACCGGACCGGAGCCCAUCGAAAUCCAGGAAGAGCCGGUGGGGAUGGAUGAAAUGGUCGAACUGAACAUGGAGGCCGAAAGUCGCGUGGAAACCUGGAGACGCGGUGUCGCGGAUGUCGAGGCCGAGAGUCUGGGGACUUCAGUCGAUGGCGAAUUCAUCACUCCGCGAGCUGCGGCCAUGUCGGGCAUCGACAUUUCCACGGCACGAGCGAUGCGGGAUCCUCGAUUCAAAUUCGACGACGAUGAAUCUGUCGCUUCAUCAAGACGGUCGCGCCGAUCACGCGCUUCGCGUGCGCAUACCUCGGCGGAAUCCCGGAGCGGACGAUCGAGACGGGGCGGUGCGCCUGAAGAGGCACCUGCAUCCAAAGCUCCCUCAACGAUCUUUGCGCGCUCGAAAGCGCCCACCGUGGCUCCAAGCAAAGCUCCGAGUAAGGCGCCCAGCAAGGCGCCGACUAAAGCUCCCAGUCAUGCACCUAGUCGGGCACCCAGCAAAGCACCAUCCAAAGCCCCCUCCAAGGCUCCUUCCAAGGCUCCUUCCAAAGCUCCUACCCAAGUGUCGGUGUCUGAAAAGGAGAAACGGCCCUCGGAGAAGAAAAAGAAGAAAGGGCCUAGCCGUUUACGACUGUUGUUUACUGCUUGA